CUUCUUCUCUAUCACCACCUGUUUUGCAAACAAUGGCUAGUCCACAAACAUCACCAUUAUCAUUGUCUCUUCCACCUGCUUCUUCUCCUGCUCCAACAAAUCAAUCACAAACUCCUCUAACUUCUCCUCCUUCUCCACAACCACCUCCACCACCACCACUGCCUUCUCAGCCUUUAAAAUCACCACACAGUACUUCUCCUCCUCCUCCUAUUCCUACACCUUCAUUACCUCCAAAUCCUCCAUCUGCGAGACCCUCACCACACACUAUUUCUCCACCACCACCUCCACCACCAUCACUGCCUUCUCAGCCUUUAAAACCACCACACAGUACUUCUCCUUCUCCUCCUAUUCCUACACCUUCAUUACCUCCAAAUCCUCCAUCUGCGAGACCCUCACCACACACUAUUCCUCCACCAACCCCACCAGCCUCUCCAUCACUGCCAAGUACUCCUCCUACAACUCCUAGUGGGUCACUAUCGCCUUUAGCAUUGUCUCCGCCAUCUCCUCAGGCUACAAACAGUCCCAUCACAUCUCCACCUCUGCCACCACAUGUAUCAACCGGGAUUGUAGUAGGAUGUUUCAUUGGUAUUCUGGCUAUUGUGAUUGGCAUAUAUUUUGUUUUUUGCCGGAGAAAAAAUAAGCACGAAAAGAAUGAGGAUUACUAUUUCGUGGCCUCAAAAGUACUACCCCAACAUUAUUCACAAAAGAAUGUUCUACGAUCAAGGGCACAUUUUCUCAAGGUGUUACCAAAUCCAUUUCCCCAACCUUCUCACAUGAGCAGCAAAGGACGUUCUGGUUUACUUAGUCCAGUGUCUGAAAUUCCAUCUCCACGCCCUGGUGCUGCCUUGGGUUUUUCAUGUGUAGUUUUCACAUAUGAUCAAUUAAUGGUAGCCACCAAUGGUUUCUCUGAGGCCAACCUUCUUGGACAAGGUGGCUUCGGGUACGUACACAAGGGUGUCCUUCCAGGUGGGCAAGAAGUUGCAGUCAAGCAAUUAAAGAUAGAUAGCCAUCAGGGGGAGAGAGAAUUUCAGGCUGAAGUGGAGACCAUUAGUAGGGUUCACCACAAACAUCUUGUUUCAUUAGUUGGGUACUGCGUUACUGGGGCUGAGAGGUUGCUUGUUUAUGAGUUUGUUUCAAACAAAACCUUGGCAUUCCACUUACAUGGAGAAGAGCAACCUGUUAUGAACUGGGCAAAUAGAAUGAAAAUCGCUGUUGGGUCUGCAAAAGGACUAGCAUAUCUUCAUGAAGAUUGUAAUCCAAAAAUCAUUCAUCGUGAUAUCAAGGCAUCGAAUAUUCUUCUUAACUCUAAGUUUGAGGCAAAGGUUGCCGACUUUGGACUGGCCAAAAUAUUUUCAGAUACCACUGCUGACAUUACUCACAUCUCUACUCGAGUGGUGGGAACCUUUGGGUACCUGGCUCCAGAGUAUGCAUCAAGUGGUAAAGUAACAGAUAAAUCAGAUGUUUAUUCGUAUGGAGUCAUGCUCUUAGAACUCAUAACUGGACGAUUACCUAUCAGCCAAGCACAGUCAUCAACAAAUAUAGGCCUGGCUGAAUUUGCUAGGCCUUUGCUCUCUAAAGCACGAAUGGUUAGCAAUUUCGAUGCUCUUGUUGAUCCAAGAUUGCUGGGUAAUUACGACCUCAAUGAGAUGACUAAAAUGGUAGCUUGUGCUGCUGCUUGUGUGCGCUAUACAGCAUGCAAUCGUCCACCAAUGAGCCAAAUAGUUCAUGCUUUAGAAGGACAUGUUUCUCUGACGUCUCUUGGUGAGGAAAUGCAACCGGAGCAUGGCAAUACAUACAUGAAAAACAUGAAGUCGAUAUUUGAAGGUCAUGGAUAUGGCACCAGUAAGUACGAUAUUGGAAACACCAGUGAGUUUGGUCGUUACCCAUCUAGCUCAAGCAGUGAGUCCCACCAAACAAACUGAGAUUAAGAUCGCAGAGAUGAGGAUGGAGGGCCAAUAUAUGGAAUGCUCAUUUUUGUCCCUUGGAACACUUGCUUUUUCUUUCUGGGGGAUUUCCUAUUGGAUUUUAUUUACUUCAUUUCCUUGAGAUAAAAAAUGGGGAGGCAGGGGGUACUAAAAUUGCUUAAAUUUUCUUACUCAGGUCUGUUCAAUAUCUGUUGUAUGUGGUUGCAUUUAAAGUUGAUCGUGGAAGCAUGAUAGGUGAUGAUGCUUAUCAUUGCAGCUUAGCCACUGCAUGAUUAAAUACAAGAAACAAAGAGGAUCCUAAAUCUCCCCUUACAUAUUUACCAUGCAAUGCCAUAAAUGGCUGGCCCUUAUGGUAAAAGUGAUAAAAGUGUAUUUCAGCA